AUGGUAUGGUAUAAGAAGAAGGAAGGUGAAAGUGAAGUAGCAGCAUUAGGGCUUCUGCAGAGAGUGGCGAUUGCAAUAAUGGGCUGUUUUUUUGGAUGUUUUCGUAUCAAAGAUUCCCAACCUCAUUUUGUCUCACGCCCUACUACUGAGCCAGUGGUGACAACCCGCAACCGGAAUGCUCUGUCAUCUCUAUUCCUUUCUGACGAUGAUUCACGUCAAGAGACUGAGAAAACUCGGAAAUUGGAUAAUUCUCAGCAUGAAGAUCUUGAUUUCAGAGAGCUCAAGGAGGAGGCUAAGUUCCUCAAAGCUUGUGGAACUCUGCCUGAGACUCCCGCUGAAAUUCGAAAAGCCUCAGAGAAAUGGAAGGAUGCAUCAACUAAAGAUGCAGAAGCAACACCUACGAAAUUCAAUUCUUGGCUUUCUAAUGCAUCCAUUGAGAAACUCAACUUAGAGAAGCAACCUGAUGAACCUCCUACUCCUGUAAAAAUUUGUGAAGAACAGAGAAUGGAAUCAAGUUCGUUGGUGGAAACUCCGAGCAGCUGCCUGACUGAUGGAAUGAUAACAAGACGAGCUCAUACCAAUUCCACUUCAAGUGGUAGCAUUCAGAAUUUUAUCACACCCCCAGAUGUACAUGCUAAUGUCAUUCAUAGUUUCUCAACUUCAUCUGUUCUAUCCGAGGAUAUGGCUUCAAGUGUACAAUUCAAAAACAAAUCUGUUCAUUUUGAAUGUGAGUCUGAUAUGUCUUCAUCUCCAUCAAAAGGCUCUUCAUCUGACACGACCAUUCAAAACUUGAAGCAAUCUGGAUGUGCUGGUAAUUAUAAUAAAUCAAAGCUGUCACCAUAUCCAACCCCAUUAAAACUAACUGACGAGAUGCAAACACCCGGCACUGUUUUCCCUGGAUAUCUUGACAAUACGGUGGAUGGAAAAACUGCUAGAAUCAGAUCUCAGUAUAUUUACUCUGUCCUGAACCCAGUCGAGAAUUCCUCUCAGUGGAAGGUAUUGAAGGAUGAAAACUCUGAUUCUCAUCACCUAAGUGAAUCUCUUCAGCAGGUCGAUGAAGGAACCCCAACAUCAGACAUGGAGAUGAAAGAACUUUCAGCUAGAAAAGAUAUGAAGGUUGAAGGAAGCUUGUCUUCUUGGUUGAAACCUCCUUCAGUAAAUCAAGAUGACAAUAAUCAACAGUUUGGUUCAGUAUUUGGUGAUAAUUUUCGUUGUGGAAGAACUCCAAGUGAUAGGCCUAUCCUUGGAAUGGUCGCAGCUCACUGGAAAGAUGAUGAAAAUUCACGUAUUUCACCUAAAUGGUGGGAUGGGAAUGGGAUUCCAAAUUCAACUAAUAAGUAUAAAGAGGAUCAGAAAGUUAAUUGGCAUGCAACACCAUUUGAAGAGAGGCUAGAGAAGGCACUAUCUGAAGAAACUUUUGUAACUCAGAGGAAGCAAAUCAGUGGGACUCCUCCAAUUGAAUUUGAUGAAACCGAAGAAUCUGAUACUGCUCUAUCACAGUUGCAGCAGUCUUCAACACAUCUUAAAUCUGUCGUUUCAUUUUGA